AUUUAAUUAUGACACACGAAACAUCAUUAAGAUGUUUUUCCUCGUACCGUGGGAUGACGUUUUAUUUUUUUGAAGGUUUUUUUUUAAUGAAAGAGAAAAUCAAAGUGACGACAAGAAUUGGCCAUUGAUGUGUAAUCCAAUUUGUAAUUUCCAAUAUAAUCUCUUGAAACCGAUCGUUUGGAAUAGUUUAGCAUUCCAACUAUUUAUCAGAGUGAUAUUAUUCAGUAACAAUGGAGUUCGAAACCACAGAAAAUCUUUGGGACGAAAGAGAUUAUUACUUCGAACAGAACGAUAAUUCAUCACAUUCCAAGCGACGAACAAUGGUAAGACGAAAAAGUGAUACUAUUUACUAUAUAAAAGAUGCUAAUGUAACUAUGCCGAUGAAUGUAUCCAAAGAAGAUAAUUUACAUGCGGAUCCAGUUAGGGAUACAAAAUAUAACUCGAAUACAAGAUCUUCUUUUCAGACAUACACUUUCGAAGAUUCGGCUGAUCCUUCAGAUACCGAGAAAUGUAUAGCUUUUUGGAAGAGCGUCAUGGAAAAAAAUCUGCAGCCGGUGAAAGAAUGUAUUAUAACGAAAGGAGUGAAUGCCGAAGGAAGCAGAAAACAACUUGAAACCCGAUUAGAGAGCACCAACGAAGUUAUAAAAAAGACGUAUGAAGCGGUUCAAGAUGAAUAUCUAAAUUUGUGGAAGGGUAUUGUUGAAGAAAUUCAAAAUGAAAAAUUAGAACAGAUUAAGACAAAUGCAAGAACACCAUGUAAAGUUUGUGAUUCAUUGAAGAAUUUAAUAGACAUACCAAGUGAUAAGACGAUAACAAAAGACAACGUUAGGGAUUUGAAGAAAAAAUCUCUUGAACCUAAAAAAACAAUUCCACUUUCAGAACAAAAGGAUAGCCCUAAGACACGCCCCCGCGUCGUCUCCUUAGAAGAACGGGAAGUAGUUAUUCAUACCAUAGAACCUACUUUUGAGGAAAAAGUAUCUCAAGAAACGAACACACAAGAAAGUGUUUCCAAAUCAUGGAACAACGAAAAGCGACAUUCUUCCCGUAAAUCAUCAUUGAAAAGUUAUACGGAAAAUGAUAGUAUCAGAAUGGACAGCUUUGAUUUAGCCAAAUCGAAAAUGAGAAUGAAAAGGCAAGUGUCAAUGAUGUUGCCCUCAGGUGAAGUUGAAAUACUUAAGAGAAGCAGUGAAUCGGAUGUGAAAUGGGAAUUUCCAGAUCUCAGAGAAAAAACGAGUUAUGGGUUCAGAAAAAUUAGGAGUUCCAUUGAUAUUAUGAUGAUUAAAAAGGAUAAUGAAGAUAACGUCUUCGGUCAACCUACGAAAUCCAUCACAAAAGCAACACCAUCAUCUUGUCUUAAAACUUUGAACACCGGCACCAGCAUCUCAACAUUAACCGGUCGACAAGUAUCUCUACUUUUGCCUACAGGAAAAGUGGAAACAAUUGAACGGCAGUCGGUGUUAAGUUCAGAUUGGGAUAUGCCGAGCCCAAAACUCAACGUUAAAUCUUCCAUUUUAGCAUCUGUACCAUCAGAUGAAAUUUACAAAAAGAAAAUAGCAAAAAAAACAAAGUCGGAAGAAGACAUUGAAGAACCGAAUGUUGAGUUGAAGGAAGAGGAAUGUUUAAAAACUGCUAAUGAAGAAACAUAUGGUCAGAUCGAAACUCUAUUUCAAUAUCCAAGAUACUUCAAGAAUCAUUAGUUGAGGUGAUGCUCGUUAUCUUGUCAAUUUCCAAUGAUUUAGUAAUAUUUUUUAUAUAAAAACCUGUUUCUUAGUUUCUGCACAAUAAAAAGUUCAGAACUCUUCCGCGCCUUAA